GCUGAACUGUAUUCAGUCGCUGUUGUGGCUGGGAGGCAGCAGAGUCAGGCAGUAUCUUUGGUUGACCGUGAUCCAGCCAAAGGUAAAGCAGGAGUCUUUUAAACUGACCGACAAAGCGAAACGAAGCUACUGACGUGUCUGACCAAACUCCGACUUUGCACGACACCUUUCAUCCUCCAGAUACUGCAGACAGAAAGUACCAGAAGAGCGAGCCGGGACAGGACGCUGGGUGAAAUUCGACAGGAUGUUCAGCCAGUUGUUUAUCUCUUUCUAAAUGAAUAGAAGAGGCAGGUUGUGACCAUGCGCUGCCUGGCUGCUCGGGUGAACUACAAGACCCUCAUCGUUAUCUGCGCCCUCUUUACACUCAUCACUGUGUUGCUGUGGAACCGCUGCUCUAGUGACACCUCCAUACGCUUCCUGCCCCGUGCUGCCCCGGUGGCCACGAGUUCUCAGAUCGGCGAUGCUAGCAUCAGCAGCCAGCAGCAUCCCCCGCAACCUCCCGAGCCCCCGCCUGUUGUCGGAGUUGUCGGGGGGAUCAAGUAUGAAGAAAUUGACUGCUUAAUCAAUGAUGAAUCGACUGUCAAAGGCCGGCGAGAGGGGGGAGAAGUCUACCUGCCCUUCUCUUGGGUGGAAAAGUACUUUGAGGUGUACGGCAAAAUAGUGCAGUACGAUGGCUAUGAUCGUUUUGAGUUUCAGCACAGUUAUUCAAAGGUUUACGCCCAGCGUGAACCCUACCACCCCGAUGGAGUCUUCAUGUCGUUUGAGGGAUACAACGUGGAGGUCCGUGACCGGGUCAAGUGUAUCAGUGGAGUGGAAGGCGUGCCUCUGUCCACUCAGUGGGGCCCUCAGGGCUACUUUUACGCCAUCCAGAUCGCCCAGUACGGUUUGAGCCAUUACAGCAAAAACCUGACCGAGCGCGCUCCCCACGUUGAUGUCUACGACACGGCCGAGGAGAGGGACGGCCGAGCCAACGCCGCGGCCUGGAGUGUACCGAAAGGUUGCGGGCUCAGCCGCGUCUAUGACAAGACAAGGGCUACCUCCGUGCGGCAGUUCAGCGCUCCAGACUCCUCCGAAGGCGUGUCCCUCCAGAUGGGCAACUCCAAAGACUUCAUCCUCAGCUUGGACCUCAAGUUUAUCUCCAACGGCAGCGUGUCUGUAAUCCUUGAAACCACAGAGAAGGGCCCUCCCUUCACAAUCCACUACGUGACCAGCACACAGCUCAUCGCCUUCAGAGAGCGUGACAUCACCUACGGGAUUGGACCGCGAACCGCUUGGAGCACUCUGACCCGGGAUCUGCUCACCGACCUCAGGAAGGGCGUCGGGCUGUCCAACACCAAGGCUGUUAAGGCCACAAAGAUUAUGCCCAGACGUGUGGUGCGAUUAGUCCUGCAUGGCCGUGGAUUUGUUGACAACAUCACCAUCUCCACCACUGCCCAUAUGGCCGCCUUCUUUGCCGCCAGCGACUGGCUGCUGCGCAACCAGGACGAGCGAGGCGGAUGGCCUAUCAUGGUCACCCGUAAACUAGGCGAAGGCUUCAGACCUCUGGAGCCCGGCUGGUACUCGGCCAUGGCUCAGGGCCAGGCCAUGUCCACCCUUGUGAGAGCCUACCUCCUCACCAAGGACCAGGCGUACCUCAACGCUGCCCUGAAGGCAGUAGGACCUUAUAAGGUGCCUUCAGCACAGCAUGGGGUCAAAGCUGUGUUCAUGAACAAGUAUGACUGGUAUGAAGAAUACCCCACCACACCCAGCUCCUUUGUGCUCAACGGCUUCAUCUACUCCCUGCUGGGGCUCUACGACUUGACUGAGACAGCUGGAGAGAAGCUCGGCAGGGAGGCAGGGCAGCUAUUCAGCCGCGGCAUGGAGUCACUGAAGGCCAUGCUGCCGCUCUUUGACACCGGGUCUGGGAGCAUUUAUGACCUGCGUCAUUUCAUGUUGGGCACUGCGCCCAACUUGGCUCGCUGGGACUAUCACACCACGCACAUUAACCAGCUACAGCUGCUGGCAUCCAUAGACAACUCCCCCAUCUUCAAGGAUGUGGUCAAGCGCUGGAAAACCUACUUAAAAGGGAUUCGUGCCAAGCACAAUUAGACUAAACUCCAACCCACACACUAUAAAGGCUGAGUUGAGAAGAAGAUCGAUAUAUUCUGUGCGACUGAAGGAAUGAAUGAGCGGCCUAUGCUCGCAUUGCGUGUCUGUGCACGUCCCAGAUCUGGUUGAAGUCCAAACUCUGAAGUAUGAGUUUAAUCAGCUGAAGCUCUCAAUACUCUCUCGUGUGCUCUGUUGCAGGUUUUUUAAUUUCUGCAACAUCCACUGUAGCUCUCCUCUCCCGGUUUCUUUUUCUUUUCCUCCCUCUCUUGAGUUAGUGUUUCUAGUUAUGCACAAACCUCAUUUCAAAGUGAGAGUGUCUGCAUUCAGGAAGAAAGUGUGUAUGUGUUUGUGCGUGUGCGUGUGUGUGUGUGUGUGUGUUUUUAAAAAGAAUAUAUGACAUUGGUGAAAGAUUAAAAACUCUGUGAAUCACAUUUCAGACAUUCUUCGAUGCAUCCAGCACAUUUUUCUUCUGCAAUUGUAUUUUUUUAACGUCAUUUCAGAUUUGCAAAGUUUAUUAAAACAAACUGUAUAUAACAGAAUAUAUUAUAAAUUAUUUGAAGGAGAACGUUGCCAAAAAACAAAAAAAGCGCAUCUUUUCAAUAUAUAAGAAGCAUUCGAAUAUUUCACCACAACAACAUUUUAAAUGCAAACCCUUCAAUACUAAACAGUUUUAAAUUACAACACAGGACUUUUUUUUAAGUGUCUCACAUUUAAUGUUUGGUUAGAGAUGUCUAUUAGAGAAUUCAUCCCUUUGUGGAAAUGCUAGAAAAUCAAACGUUUUAUGAUUCCAAAUCCAUUUUCUCUCUAAACACAGAUUAAUGUUAGCCAAUAAUUAUAGUAUUAUGUCUUUAGUAGAUUUAUCUUUUUUCCUCCAAAAUAAAUAUGAGGCUUCUGUUAAGCUGCUUGAAAGCCACUCUGAGUAAUAAUCAAGCUAGUUCUCAGUAGCAAUGUGAUUGUUCCUGUGGUAUUCACUGAGAUAAAUCAAUGCAGCCCUGCAAUAAUGCUUAAAAAUGAUGAAGUUAUCAUAAUUAGCUGUGAGCUUCUGUAAUGUUGCUACCUGCAUCCGAUGGUCAGGCAGUGAUACCACUGUGUAACCGUUUUUGUUCAAGGUUGCAACUUCACUUAUGAUUAACUUUGAGUUCAGCGUGUUUAUUAAAACAUGUGUGUCCCAUGUGAGAAAUCCCAGCUGGCUGAAUUUAAGACCAGGAUAAAUGCUCACUUCUUUUCAGCUGCACAACCUAAAGUUUUGUUUCAAAAAGAAAAACUGUGUUUACUACUUACACGCGUGAUCGCAGGCCUGAACGAGGCUAAAUGUUUAAUACUAGAUUAACCAAGAGGCAUCAGUUAAAAGGUGAUACUAAUGUGAAACUUUUUAAAUGCCAAACUCCAGCUCCCCACGGAACCGUCAUUGUUAUAAUUUCAAAUCUGUGUUUUUUGCUUGGUGUGAAUAUCAGCACCGUCAGUCGUAGCCACAUUUUAAUUCAUUCUUGUGCCCACCCCCCUCGUUCCCCUCCUCCUUUUUGACCUUUUCAGCUCGUUGUUUACUCGGGAACUCGUCUGAAAAGCCUUUCUUCUGUAACUCAUACUUGGAAAAUGAUAAUUGCAGGAUACGAGCGUAGGUGGUGUAGAUGUCUCUGUUGUGUAUUGGAGGAGAUGAACGUGGGCAGCAGAAGCACAGCUGCAUCUCACUACAAUGUUAAUUCACACCAUUUAAAUAGACAAUGCCAGGAAGUACUAAAGCUGGAGGUAAAUUCCUGACGAGCAUGCAAAGGCUCGGUCCCAGCAGGCUCUCGUUGCUCCUCUCAGCCGCUGCGAGUGCAUGAACUCGGCGUUUUUAAUCUGAGCGCUGCCCUGUUGACCGCCGAGCGCAGAGAAAGAGGCCUGCCUGUGCUCUAACAAUUCACCCGGCUAAUAGGCUGGAGAGCCUGUUCACGGUACAGUCGCUGCUCACGGAUGAGUCAGCGUUCACCGGCAUCGUACUCACAAACAACACAAAGCGGAGCCCUCAGCAACAAUGAGGCUUUCAUUGAUCCAGCUUUGAAGAUUUAAAGAAGCAGCAGAUUGGUUUCUUCUUCUGAAUCUUGUUAAAAAAUUUUAACGCCAGUUUUUUGAGACAAAAAUCGGUUUCCCACAAGGCCGGCUUUUCAGGUUAUUUGAGUUUGCACUGGCAGGACAAAAAUCAAAGGAACACUGAACAUCCAAGUUCCCUUUUUCCAAACUGAUUAACAAAUCCCGACUUGAAUUAUUAGAGCCGCUGUCAAGUAGAAAGGCAGAACACAAUAAUGCACAUUUAAACAUCAAGUUUAAUCACAAAAAAACCGUUUGGUUUUCAAAAUAAUGGUUCUAAUGUGUAAGCAUGUCUCUAAUCUGUUUUUUAUAUAACCCUGCUUUGUCAUUUAUUGUUUUUGUACUCUUGUUUUAUAAUUGAAAAAUUACAACUGUGUCCAAUAAAAGGGGAACCUUUUAACAUUAAGUCAUUUAUUUUCAAUCAAUCUUCUUUUAAUGAUGAUUAUAUUCAUUUUUAUUCAUUUUUCUCCUUUAUUAGGUUGUGGGAAUGUUUAUACCAUAAAAGAUGUUUGAGAUCUUUGGAUAAUCUGUUGGGGGUUUUUCUUUUUUUUGUUGUUGUUGUUGUUUUUGCUGAUUCUAGUUUUCUUUACUUCCUGUUGGCUUUUUCUUCCUGUAAACACUUGCAUAAUUUAUACACGACGAGCAGAAAUAUGUCCGUUGAGGGCGGGGGUGGGGAGGGGGGUAACGUUCAGGAAUAGAAGUCUUUGUGUGAGAAUAACGAGCUCCAUGUUGUUUAUACCAAAGUCAUUGAUUCGAGUGUAUUUGUAUAUUUUUGUGCAAAAACCGACUUCCAUUCAGCAUUUAAUGAUGUAAAGUCUCCUCGGAGAUGUCAUGGAGAGCCACUGCCUUUUGAGAAAUGCUACUUUUUCAGAUGUAGGUUGAGUAGAAUUUCGCAAAAACAAGAUAUGUAAAUGUGCUUAUUGUAAAAGGGGUUGUGUGCAACUUGAGAUUAGUGUUUAGUAAGCUACUGUUUAAAGGGAAAUGAGCCAAUAGCUGCAGGUUCUUCUUGAGUUUUCUUUUAAAUUUUAUUUCUUUUUUUCCUCUGCAGAGGAAUAAGAGUUUUUCUAGUUAGACAAAAGCACAACUGUCGGUUAUCGUCACAUGAGUUUAGCUGUAUUUCUCUUUUAUGGAUUACUUUUUUUCUUUUCAGGACAAUGUGCAACGCCUUCAUUAAGAAAGCUGCUAUUGUUAUUCACUGUGUAACAGGUAUGAGAGCUUCUUUCUCCUCAUUUCAGUGGUACCCUUUCCUCUGUCUCUACACUCUUUGUUUCAACACGUCAGCAAAUGGCCACUGAGGUCAAAUGUGAUUUAUGCAAUAAAAUGUUUACUGGGGUCGUGACACCACGAGAGACCCAGAGUUGUUGUACAGACUUUGCAACCGAAGCACAAUGUGCAAAUGCUACCAUUUUUUUAGUCCAAGGAAGAGAGGUGUUUAUAUACAGAGUAAAUCUUUGUGCUUUAAGGUUUUGCUUUUUAAAGGUGUAAAAAAAAAAUAAAAUAAAAUAAAAAAAAUCAAUAAA